AAAAUGGCACGUUGCUAAAUGGCGUUAUGUGUUUCCCGCGUAUUUCCAACUUUUCUUCCCGAAAUUGUUUACAUACCUCUAAACUGGAUAUUAUUAAACUCCAGUGUUUAAAUCUCACCUAGUGCGGGUAUAAAUAAAAAGCUUGAAGAUGUAUAUAAAGUCGAUGGUGCUGGAGGGUUUCAAAUCCUAUGGAAAGCGUAUGGAAAUCCACGGUUUUGACAAAGAAUUCAAUGCGAUCACGGGUCUGAACGGUAGUGGAAAAUCAAAUGUUUUAGAUGCAGUAUGUUUCGUCUUGGGAAUUACAAACCUCACGCAUGUCCGAGCGAAUUCCCUGCAAGAUCUUGUAUACAAAUCUGGCCAAGCCGGAAUAAAAAAGGCGAGCGUCACAAUCACUUUCGACAAUCGAAAUCGAGAAGCUUCGCCAAUGGGAUAUGAGCAUUACGAGGAGAUAACAAUAACGCGACAGGUGGUGAUCGGUGGGAAAAAUAAAUAUAUGAUCAAUGGGUCGAAUGUACCAAACAAACGAGUACAAGAUAUGUUCUGCUCGGUUCAGCUCAACGUGAAUAAUCCACAUUUCUUGAUUAUGCAAGGAAGAAUCACCAAAGUGUUGAACAUGAAACCAAUGGAAAUUCUAUCGAUGAUCGAAGAAGCUGCUGGUACAAGAAUGUACGAAACAAAGAAGCAAACGGCCUUGAAAGUUAUUGAGAAGAAAGACAGCAAACUGUCUGAAAUUAAUAAUAUUCUCAGGGAGGAAAUAGGUCCGAAAAUAGAGAGACUCAAACAGGAACAAACGCAGUUCGUGGAGUUUCAACGGGUUGAAAGAGAACUGGAACAUUGUCGAAGAAUUUAUAUAGCUUGGAAGUACCAGAAAGCUUUGAAAGACAGUGAAAAAGCGACCGAAACUGUCCUUAAAGUGAAGAAGGAUUUGGAAGACAAGAAGAAAAGCAUCACGGAUGGGGAAGAAGAAGUAAAAAGAAUCGAGAUCGAGGUCGUUGACUUGCAAAAGAAAAGGGACGAGGACAAAGGAGAGAAACUAGAAGCCCUCGAAAACAAAUUGAAAGAAGUCGAAAAGAAGGAGCACAAAUUGGCGGCUGAAACUAACGGUAACAAGGAAAGUGUCAAGGCCGAUACGAAAGCAAUUCAGCAAUUAAUCUCCAACAUCCGCGACGAUGAAAAAAUGUUGGCCACAAAGGAUAAAGAGCUCCAAAAUGUCGGCGGUCUCUUUCAAAAGUUGAAAGAUCAGGAUCAAAAGGAUACAGAGGCUGUACUCGCUGCUCAGGAAACCUUCCAGAAAAUAAGUUCUGGUCUCUUGGAAAGCGAGGGUGGUGAGAAUGCGACUCUGGAACAGCAGUUGAUCAAUGCCAAGCAGUGUGCAACUCAGGCGCAAACUGAGGUCAAGCAGUGCGAGAUGACACUUUCACACAGCAAAGAGCAGCUUAACAAAAAGCAAAACGAUAUGCGAAGUACAGAAAACGAGUACAAGAAAGACAGUAAGAAAUUGGAGGACGUGGAACUGAAUUUGAAGAAACUGCAGAAUGAAUUGCAGAAGAUUAAUUAUACUGAGGGCGCUGUGGAAGCUUAUCAAGAACAGAGGCGACUGCUGAAUAGAGACAUUGGAAAUUUGCAGGAUCAAGUGUAUAAUUUUGAGUCGAGAUAUCCACAGCUGAGGUUCCAGUAUCGAGAUCCGGAGAAGAAUUUUAACAGGAAUUCGGUGAAAGGUUUGGUUUGCCAGCUUAUCACUUUGAGGGAUCAUAUGAGCGCUUAUGCUUUGGAUGUUGCAGCUGGAGGAAAGCUCUAUAACGUGAUUGUGGAUACAGAAAGCACGAGUAAGAAGCUUCUUCAAGGAGGUCAACUCCAACAGCGUGUGACAAUCAUUCCUCUAAACAAAAUAAAUGGGAGACCGAUGGACAAGAGAACGGUUGACUUUGCUCAAAAGCUUGUGGGCAGUGAGAAGGUUCAACCUGCCCUAGACCUUAUAGAUUUUCCAGAAGAAACUAGACCCGCAAUGAGCUGGAUAUUCGGUCAAAUUUUCAUCUGCAAGGAUAUGGCGACAGCAAGAAAAGUUGCGUUUCACGAGAGAAUUAUGAAGAAGUGUGUGACACUUGAUGGCGACGUUUUCGAUCCUUCUGGAACCCUUUCCGGAGGUGCCAAGUCCAAGGGAGGCUCAAUUCUUCUCAAGCUCGAGGAGCUCAAAGUUGUACAGGAAGAAUUGAAAGAAAAAAUGCAAACUUUGCGUGAAAUCGAGGCUAAUAUUGCCAAUAUUGGCCAGAGUGCCGAAAAGUAUGCUUCUCUGAAGCGGGCUUACGAUCUGAAAAAUCAUGAGGUUGAAAUGGUUCGCCAGAGAAUACAUCAAACUACUCAUCAUCAAAUUAAAGAAGAGGUCGAAGCUUUGCGAGCUGCAAUUCAGGAACUAUCUGAGAAAAUGCAGGUUGCGAAAGAAACCGCAAAAGUCAGUUCUCAAAAGGCGAAAGUUCUCGAGAAUCAGUUGAAAGACGCGGCCAAUAUUCGUGAAAAGCAACUGAAGGAUGCUGAAAACAAACUGAAAGCCUUGAAAAAGAAGUCGGAGGAGAGUCGAAAAGAGUGGCAAAAACGAGAACAGGAAUCGGAAACUUUGAAUUUGGAGAUAUCGGAAUUGCAGAAAACAAUCGAGGCUGGGAAAGAGCAACUUGUAAAAGCAGAAGCUAAAUUAGCAGAGCUAAAGCAAAAAGAGUCGGAGUUGAAAGAAGAAUUAAAAGCUGUGAAGGCUGAAGUUGGGGAAGUGCAGGAAGAACUGAAGAAGCAGAAGAAUAUUAUAAAUCAGAAGAACAAGGAUAUUCAGAAAUUGUUGCACAAGAAGGAGGAAAUUAUCAAACAGGCGAGGGAUGCGGAGCUGGAGAUAAAGAAGCUUAAUCAUGAAAUAAGUGCGAUUAAGACCAACGCUGAUGAUUGUAAACACCGAGUGACGGAGAUGACGAAAAAGUACGAGUGGAUUGAACAGGACAAAGCCUACUUCGGAGAAGCAGGAGGAAUGUACGACUUCCAAGUGAACGAUCCCGAGAAAAUGGGACAGAAAAUGCACCAGCUUGAAUCGGUUCGUGAGCGAUUGAGUCGAAACGUAAACACCCGAGCGAUGAAUCUCUUGAACAAAGAAGAGGAACAGUACAAUGAGACCUUGAAGAAAAAGCGAAUCGUGGAGAACGAUAAGAGAAAAAUCUUAGAAACAAUUAAACAUCUGGAUGAGAAGAAGAAAGAAACUCUGCAUCAGGCUUGGGAACAGGUAAACAAAGAUUUUGGUUCGAUAUUCAGCAGUUUGUUGCCUGGAGCAGAUGCGAAAUUACAACCGCCCGAGAAUCAAACCGUCAUGGAGGGUUUGGAAGUAAAAAUUGGUUUUUCGGGAGUAUGGAAAGAGUCGCUGGGUGAACUUUCAGGAGGUCAGAGAUCUCUUGUUGCCUUAUCUUUGAUUUUAGCGAUGCUUUUGUUUAAGCCUGCGCCUCUGUACAUUUUGGACGAAGUUGAUGCCGCUUUGGAUCUUUCGCAUACUGAAAAUAUAGGAACGAUGCUCAAAAGGCAUUUCAAGCACUCACAAUUUAUAGUCGUUUCCUUGAAAGACGGCAUGUUCAAUAAUGCAAAUGUUCUUUUUACGACUAAAUUUGUUGACGGAAUGUCGACAAUUACGAGGACGGAACGAAGAAAUAAGUAGAUUAAUUUUGAAUCAUGAUUUAGUGAUAAGAGACGUAUUUUAAGUCCGAGAAUUGAAUAAAGCAAUAGUUAAUUUUGUAAUUAAUUUUGUAAUUAAUUUUGUAAUUAAAUUUUUGAUCGCUUA